UAAGGAUGCUCGAGUCGUCUAACAGCGACCUCAAACAUGUCAGGAUCCGUUAUCACUUUGUGGCACGCAAUGCCAAUGAACUCUCCGUGCAGCAGGGUGAGGUGCUAGAGGUCUUGGAAAAAAACAAACAGUGGUGGCUCCUCAGGAGCCGCAGUGGUCAGUCGGGCCACGUGCCCUGUAAUGUGCUACAAGAGGUCAAACCGGGAGAGCAGCAGUACAACCGUGCAGCUCUCUUCAACAGUCAGGCUGUAAAUCCUUAUAAAGGUACCUCCACUACCCCUGUAAAUCAUGGCGAUGUUUUGGAUAUGAAUAAAUCCUCGCAAGACAAAGACAACCGCAGCCAGCAGAAAGAGGUGAAUGAUGAGCUGUUGAAGAGGAUAACCGACAGUAAGGCCCAGCCUCCAGCUCGUAACUUUCGGGUGGAGCGAUCAUCCAGCACAGUGCCCAUCAUGCUUCAAUCUCAGCCCUUUGAGGUCCAGGCUUGGCUCAAUUCAAAGGGAUUCUCUAGACCGGUGGUGGAGUGUCUGGGUAUUCUGAAUGGGGCUCAGCUCUUUUCUCUCAGUAAGGAUGAGCUAAAAGCCGUGUGCGGGGACGAGGGCUCCCGUGUCUUCAGUCAGAUCAGUGUGCAGAAAGCCCAAAUUGAGAGGAGUCUUGGAGACUCAGAGCUACAGGAGAUCAUGAGGCGACGACAACAGGAGAUGGACGAAUCAACCUGGGAAUGAUUACAGUCAAUCAGGCCGUCACUCAUGGCUUUAUUACAUCACAAUUUUCUUCAAUACCCUAAUUCACCUUACAGUCAAACAGGAACCCAGAGGAAUUCAGAACAGAUGGCCUACACAACUCCAGUCAUUACUGAAGCCAAGUCUAGCCCAUUUCCUUUAUGA